AUCGGGCCCUUUGCCUCAGCCUCACUCACCUCGAGCAGCACCCUCAGGAUUCACCAUGAACUUCGUGGCCCUUACACUGACCCUUCUCCUGGUCGUUGGCUCCCAGGCCCGCUCCCUGCAGGCCGAUGCUCCCUCCCAGCUGGAGCACUACAAGGCUGCCAGCCUGGUGUACCUGACCCAGGUCAAGGAGUCUGCCCUGAGGACCCUGGACCAUCUGGACGGCACAGAGUAUGAGCAGUACAAGAAGAAGCUGACAGAAAACCUGGACCAGCUGCAGGACUAUGCCAAGACCGCUUCCGACUCUCUGACCCCCUUCACUGAUGCCUUCUCCACCCAGCUCCUGGACUCCACCCGCACCCUGCGCGAGCGCGUGGUCGCCGACGUGGAGGAGCUGCGCACCAAGAUGGAGCCCCACCGCGUGGAGCUGCAGGAGGUGCUCCAGAAGCACGUGGACGAGUACCGCCAGAAGCUGGAGCCCGUCUUCCAGGAGUACGCCGCCAAGAACCGCGCCGAGGUCCAGGCCCUGCGCACCCAGCUGGAGCCCCUGAUGGACGAGAUGCGCCAGAAGGUGGCCGCCAACGUGGAGGAGACCAAGUCCAAGCUGGAGCCCAUGGUGGAGGUCGUGCGCGCCAAGCUGACCGAGCGCCUGGAGGAGCUCAGGACCAUGGCCGCCCCCUACGCCGAGGAGUACAAGGAGCAGCUGGUGAAGGCCGCUGGCCAGCUGAAGGAUCAGAUCGCCCCCCACGCCGAGACCUUCCAGGCCAAGGCCGGGCCCGUGUUCGAGGACAUCAAGACCAGGUUCAUGAGCCUCUACGACACCGUUGUGGCUGCCAUGAAGGCCUAAACACAACCAGCCACUGACUCCAUCACUCCAUGCGCACACAUACACACAGACAGGAAAGGACACACACGUGAGUGCAGAUAUGCAAAGCUUGCAAACACUGAAGUGACAAAUUUGACCAUUCCUUCAGUGUUAGCUGGACUGCAAGUAAAACUUGUGUUGUGUGAAACAUCUUCCUUCUCUGGUAACUCCACCUCACUGUGUGAUGUUGGUAAUAAAAAUAAAAAAACCAUCCAA